CAUUAGUUGCAAGUAUUUUGAUUACUAAGAAGCACAAAAACAAGAGAAGGUUUUUUCACAUGUUGUUUGCAAAUAUGACGUCAUCAGUUCUAACUGCCACUGAUUUGCGGCGGAUAUUUGAGAAGCUUGACAUGAAUUGCGACGGUUUCGUGAGCCUUGAGGAACUCAAUUGGCUCCUCCACAACAUAGGCUUCCAAUUAACGUUAGAUGAAUUGGAAUCCCUUGUUGAGAAGAAAAGCCUUAACUUGAACGAGUUCUUGUUCUUCUAUGACUCAAUAAUAUCCAAGAAGAAUUGCAAUGAUGAAGAGAUGGAUGAUGAGUUGUUGGAGAAUGAUCUUGUGGAAACGUUCAAGGUGUUUGAUUUGGAUGGAGAUGGAUUCAUAACGAGCAACGAGCUUCAGUGUGUUCUUAAGAGGCUUGGGUUGUGGGAUGAGAGAGGUGGCAAGGAUUGUGGUUCCAUGAUUCGAUUCUAUGAUACCAAUUCCGAUGGCCAGCUUGAUUUUGAGGAGUUUAAGAAUAUGAUGUUGCUCACCAUCACCACCGCAUGAAUCUAUAUCCAUGCUCCUUCUCAAUUUUCUCUUCAUAAUUUUUCUCAAAAUUUCUUUGUGUCACUCUAAAACAGAGGAUUUGUAAUGUAAGCCCAUGAUUGUUUCAUCUUUCAGCUUAGACAUGUAUAUGCAGGAAUUUGUUGGUCAGUAACAAAUUUUUUAAUCUGAAAA